GAAACUUAUAAACACGGAAGUUGGUGCACGUGUGCUUCUCUGUGUUGUCAAACAAAACUCGUGCCCUGAAAGCACAAAUUAAUGAUGUCCCUUAUGUGAAGAGCAUAUCAUCUGGGAGUAACAGAGGCGUUACUGAGACAUGGAGAUAAGCUGCUGUCCUCUUUAAAAGCCUGUGCUGGAGCUUCAGCUGGUGCUUUAGUGGCCACUGUGAUUAUCACUGCUCCUGAUAAACUACAGGUUUGUAAGGAAUUCACCUACAGGUUUGCCAGUAAUGUAAGGAGUCAGAGGUUUGGAGCUGUGACGCCAGGAUAUGACUUCAUGCUUGAACUGAGAACAAAAUGUCAAGAGUUUGGAACACUGUAAGGUCUUGUGUCAUUUGAGCUUCCAGUAUGUUCCAGGAAUUCACUGUGUGACAUCCAGCAAAUGGCAGUGUUGAUUUAGAGUGAAAAGAGGAAUUACCAUUUAAAAGGUGCAGUCAUGAAUAAGGUACAACAAGACCAUUUUAAUCAGGUCAUUCAAUUAAAAACUGACGUCCAGAAAACUGAGAUGAAAGGAUGGUGCCAACAUACGUAAAAAUAUGCCAUGGCCAAAGUGAGAACAGAAUCUCUUUAUAACAAAUCAGUGCAGUGAAGCACAAACUCCAUUGAUAUUUUCCUCCUUUGCAGUCGUGAGAGAGUUGAUUAGACAAUGUUGUGUUCUUGUUUAAUUGGCCUCUGUGAGUAUUAAGCACUCUUUCCAAUGUUAACUUGAAAAUGCUCUUUAAAAAGAGAAUGUGUACAUGGAGGUGUAAAUUGAUGUGAGACACCGACAGAGCUGAAGAAACACCUUGACCGUGAAGUAACUUCAUGCAUGCUUUCCAAAACUCAUUCGUUUCACACGUACAUAUCAUUUUUUCCCUUCAUAUUAAGCUGUGCACAGCUGUGGAGAUCUAUAAGAAAGAACUGGCUCCAGUAGAAUGAGGUUUGAAUGGUCUGAAGAUAGUGCCAUUCUGAUGGUAUAAUGUGUCACCUCCUCAGUGCUACUUGUGAAACCGCAGAUACUGCUGGCAUGAUAUGAAACGGGAGGGUAUCGAAGAGAUUCUCCCGCCCAAUGCCCACCAGUUAGCCAAUGAACGCCUCCAUGUUUCAAUAACACAUUCAAAGACGCACAAGAACAGCAUGGUGUCCAGCUUCACCUCAAGGGAAGAUCUCAUUAAGGUGCUCUUGGCCAGCUGCUUCGUGCCUGUCUAUGCUGGAGUGAAGCCAGUGGAGUUCCAAGGGCAGAAAUGGAUGGAUGGGGGAUUCACAGACAGUCUUCCUAUUCUUCCUGUGGGACGCACAAUCACAGUGUCACCAUUUAGCGGCCCUCAGGAUAUUUCCCCGGCUCAUAAAGGCAUUAGUAAGCUUCAUCUCAGACUGGCCAACAUGAACAUUAUGUUCUCAAAAGACAACAUCAUAAGGCUGAACCAGGCUCUGUUUCCUCCCUCAUUACCCAGACUCAAAGCACUGGAACAGGAGGGAUACCAGGAUGCUGUUGACUUUCUAAAGAAAGAAAGAUGGAUACAGUAGCUGAUUUUCUCAUUUUUAUCUCUUUCAACACCUUGAAUGUCUAAAACGUGGCAUAUUAACACCACUUUCCUCAUAGCAGUUCCUCUGUGGUGAACAGUAUUUGCUGUGUUUAGUUUAAUAAUCAUACGGAUUCGGUGUCAAUAUUGAUCAAUAUUGAUUCGGUGUCUAGUUUUGUUCUCCAUUUAAAAAAAGCACAGUAAAAUGCAUUAUGUAUUUUUGGAGACUGAAUGAUCAGUGUCAUAAACAGUAAUUUUCUAUUGCACAGCUUUAAAAUAACUCCUGUUCUCAGAGUGCUAACAAUACACAGUGUUCCUUACGAAUGACUAAAUCAAGCGUUUAAAUAUUUCUGAAACUCCUUUUGUUGGAAUCUGUUUAUAAUGGCCUUUAAACCUCAGUCAGUCCCAAGAACAACAACUCACCUUUUGCUAACACUUGCUGCACAUAUCAGUGCAACGUUUCUGUAGGUCCUUGAGGACAAACAUGGAGAACAAGCCUUUGAAGUAAAGCCACAGGAGAGACCGUUUGAACUCCACUCGUCUCCUCACCUCACAGAACAAUCGCUUUACCUGCAUUUGAUUCCGCGAGAGAGUUAUGAUCAUUUUUCUGUCUGUGAGAAUAACGUCUCCCUGGGGAAGGAUUGAGGAUUAGCAAAGGCUUGUGGGUAUUUGUGAUGUGGCGGCAUAGAGAGAAACAGAGCUGACACACUCUCCCAACUGCAAGUUAUCCAAUCAUAUGGAAUAAAUUGUACAUUUUUGCAAUCAAGUAGCAAUUGUAUUGAUUUAGAGCUGUUUAGAGUUGUCAAAAGAUAAAAAGAUGAUGAGAAUUGCUUAAGUGAAAAUACAUCAAUUGUAAUUGGUCUUUAUUAGAAGGAAGAGGAAUGUUAUAAACUGAGCACCAUUAGCUUGAUAAAGAUGGAUUGUUUAGCAUGUCGCUCAGCAGCAGCAGCAUGGGACAUUUACAUCAGUUUAUGUAUGAUGCACACAUUCAUAUGUGAUGGGUUGAUCUAUGAACAGCAGGUGAAUCUAAUGGAAGUUAUCACAGAGACAGCCUUCCCAUACCUCAUAUGUGUGAUGUCAUGUUCAGUGUACAUGUUCAGAUAUGCUGCAUAGUUUUUGUGCAGUGCAGCAAUGUGCAUAGAAGCUUUUUUGUCUUUUCUCUGUUUAAAUGGAUACACAAGGAUAUAUAUACACAUAUGUAUAUAGUCAUGGCCAAAAAUAUCAGCACCCUUGGUAAAUAUGAUCAAAGAAGGCUGUGAAAAUUAAUCUGCAUUGUUAAUCCUUUUGAUCUUUUAUUUAAAAACAUUCACAAAAAUCUAACCUGUCUACUUUGUUUUAGAUAAUUUACUUAUUUUGUAUUUUAGUAGCAAUUUUCUUU